UACACACACGUUCGCUAUUAGACGAGAGGCGUGAUAAACACCAGCACUUCCAUAGCUUUCGUUUGACUUGUUGCUUCCUUUAGUGAUCCAGAAUAUACUUAUAUAUAUAUUUUCAAGCUUUUCUUCGUCGCCAGUAGUUGUUAGGAAGAAGAAGAAGAAGAAGAAGAAGAAGAAGAAGAAGAAGAGGAAGAAGAAGAAGAAGAAGAAGAGGAAGAAGAAGAAGAAGGCCAUAAAUCACCAUGAAGGACAGGAACGACCGCGACCCCAGGAGCUACGAUUCCAGAAAGACGAAGGCCAACGGCCGAUCGAGGAGUUAUCCGGCGACCGAUGCCAUCCGAGAAACGAAACGCAAUGCCUACCCUUUGACGAACGAUCCCCAGAGGCAGUACAAUGCCGACAGUACUCAAAGGUAUUACAACGACAUUACUCAGAGACAGUACAACGGUAGCACUUCGCAGUACAAUGCCAGCAGUAAUCAGUACAAUGGCAGUACUUCCCAGUACAAUGGUAGCACUGCCCAGUACAAUGGUAGCAGUAACCAUUAUAAUGGCAGCACUCCCAGUACAAUGGCAGCACUGCCAAGUACAAUAGCAGUAACCAGUACAAUGGCAGUACUUCGCAGUACAAUGGUAGCAGUAACCAGUACAAUGGCAGCAGCAGCAACCAGUACAACGGCAGCAAUACUCAGAGACAGUAUGGCACGACGGCGCCAUUUGGACGGAUUGCCGACGUCGUGGACCAGUACAAAACAGCCGCCUCCUCUAAUGACAGGAGGUACUACGACGCCAGCAACUCCUCCAGGAGGUACAACAACGGAGAGGUCUUGCUCGACGUCCCUUCCCUCCCAGGCAACUCAAGGACGGCGAGGAGGAAUGGCGGUGACCCGUACGCUCCUAAUUUCUCCAUGGGCGACGUGGUGCAGCAGGCGAAAGACGAACACGACAAAAAUAGAAAAAGAGGAUUCUUGUCUAACUUCAAGAGGUCCAGGUCGCCCGAAAGGACCCUGCCACAGUACACCGCACCGAAUUCUUACCGUAUGAUUCAAGGCCAACCCACUAUUGCUAAGGUCAACCCUUACGGAUACGUCACCAGGAACACUGUGGGAAGCUACCACUCCACCGGCUAUUACGACCAAGGCUACCAGCCACCAGAAGUCCACGCAACUGGCUACUACAAGGGCAAAGGAGGCUACAACUACCCCCCAGAACCAGAGUUCACGCACUACGAGAAGUACGUCGAAGAGCCGAAAAGUUACUCGGUGUCCGACGUCGCCGGUUUCGUCGUCGACACCAGGGACAAGAAGGGCAAGAACAAGACAGCGAAAGAGCUGCCCCCACCCACCCGAACGACGGAGAUCAGAUAUGACACUGUAGAAGGGACGAAUUUCGAUUCGUUGAUGAUGAGUAACCCUCGAGAAGCUCAUAAUGGUGGUACUUUGAACAAUACGGGGUAUGUCGUUAAUGGCAGUACAACGAACGGCUAUCGAGAUUCCUCAUAUAAUAGAAGCACCGCUUAUAACGUCACCCAAGAUUCUAGAGAUAGGAAUACCGCUUACACGAAUCAGAAUUACUAUGACGGAAAAGUAAUGAGCACUGCUCGAGACGCCUAUGACAGGACUACCAUGGACAAGUCUAGAGGUGUAUCUGGCAUGAAUACUGUACCUAGCAUGAAUACGGUAUCAGGCAUGAAUACUGUGACCUACCCUAGACCUGUUGCUGAUGGGGUCAGCGGUAAGGCUGCUGACAAUGCAGGUACAUUUACUGUUGCUGGGGACGGAAAUUCUCUAAAGACGUCCACUCAGGGCCAGGAGAUAAGUACUUUAGCUCAGCAACAGGCAAGGAAUAUUGGAGGACAGGCUUUACCAGAAGAAUCCCAAUCAGUGCAAGUAAAUAACGUUCCUUCCGCGGAUGGCCGCAUGAGUGCAAUUCGAGAGGAAACAGACCCAUUCCCUCUUAAUGGUAAGACCAAAAAUGAUUCAUCAGAGACCGCAGUGAACGAGGCUGGGACGGUUUCUGACACAACUGAUACAGGUGACCCUGAGAUUAAGGAUGCUGGAAGUCAACCGAGCAAGAACGCCGGUGAUGCAGACAACGAAAGUACCGGAGAUCAAAAGAUGGAGGAAAAUGGAGAAAUGAAACCCGAUGAUGGUGGAGAUCCAGAGAACAAGGAGGCGGAGCUUUUAGAGAACACUGAAGAUACAGUGACCAACGAGAUUACGGAUUUAAAAACCAACAGCACAGGAGGAUCAAGAGCCAACAGCGCCGGAGGUUCAAAGGCCAAAAGCGCCGGAGGUUCAAGGGCCAACAGCGCCGGAGAUUCAAAGACCAACAGCGCCGGAGUUCAACGGCUAACAGCACUGAAGGUUCAAAGACAAACAGUGCCGACGGUUCAGAGACGAACAGCACUGAAGUUUCAAAAACUGACAGUGCAGGAGGUUCAAAGACUAACAGCGCAGGAGGUUCAAAGACUGACACUAUAGAAAAU